AUGUGUCCUUCGUCAGCUGCUGCACUCGUUCGUGAAUACGCCAAAGAACUGACAGACUUAGAGAAAAUCACCUAUUUUUCAAAAAUAAUAUUAAUAUUUGAUCAAAUCAAAGAGAUUCAUAAACAAUUGGGCGUGAAAGCACAUAGAUAUAACAUUUAUACUCUUUGGGUAGUUGAAAAUGGACAUAUAGGUUUAUUCAUGGAUAGAGUGAGGAAAGAUCAGAUUCAAUGUUAUCAUCUCUUCGAAGAUCCCGAAAUUCUAAUGUAUUUUUGCGAAUAUGUUCGAACGCUAUCGGAUUUCAAAGAGGUCUACAACAAGUUUGGCAAGUGUUUCACACGUGAUUCGAUCGAUUGUGCAUUCAUACGAUGUGAACCAUCGAUUAUUGAUUAUAUCGUUGACAACAGCCACCUUUUACCAAUAUCAGAGAAAGCAUUAACUUAUGCAGUGUCAAACGGGCACUUCUCAGCUGUACAGAGAAUACCGGUGCACUUUAGCAAUGGAUAUUCAAGGUUGACAUGGGCGCGUGCAAUGUUACUGGCAGCCCAGCAGAACAAUACAGAGCUAUUCCAGUAUCUUUGGAAUCGAGCGGAUCGGCAUAGAUUCUGGUCGGCUAAAUCGGUGGAUGCAUUCGCCAAACACAACAAUCAGCCGAUGAUUGAAAUGAUGUUCGACGAAAUGGAUAGGCAAGACGAGCUUCUCCGUCAAGCGUUCCUACUGAGUUCGACAAGGAAGUUCAGGCCACCAAGCCGACAAACCUGUGCAUUUGCAAUUUCUACGUCUCUCUCACUCACACGCUAUCUCUAUGAGAAGAAACAGUCGAGCGGAAUAUUCGAUAUCAAUGACUACCCCGAUGAUCUGGUGAUUGGAGGAAAUCAAGAUCGUCUUUGUACAUUAAAUACAAAUAAAUUAAAUAAAAAUCAAAAAGCACAUUCCUCUUCCUAA